UUAUAUGCAUGUGAAUCAGGAAGUACAAUUACUUCUAUCUUCUCUCUCUCUCACUCACUGAUUCACUAGCUCACUCACUCACUCACUCACUCACUCACUUUUAGUCCAUGUUACCUUUUCCAGUGUAGACCGCCCGAGAAUUAUGGGACUAAGCACCCCAACUGUGUUUUGUGCUUACCUACUUGUUACGCCGGUUUUGAUUAUUUGGGUAUUGAUUCCUCAGGUUUUUUCCCACGAUCAAACCAUUGGUUUUGCUUCCUACUAUGGCAACCACAUGGUGCUGCAGAAGUCUCCGGAGAGAGCCAUUCUGUGGGGUUACGGCAGGCCUGAGGGUGCCCAGGUCACAGUCUACUUGUCAGGACCGAUGAAAUACAAUAGCUCACCAGUCACUGUGCAGAAUGCCAUCUGGCGAGUCGCCCUGGACCCUAUCGAGGCUGGCGGUCCCUACAACGUGACUGCAACACUUCAGAACAGUUCGGCCACUCUGAUGGAUGUGCUGUUUGGCGACGUUUGGCUUUGUAGUGGCCAGAGCAACAUGUACUUUGAAAUGUCUAAGAUUUUCAAUGCAUCCGAGGAACUCGCUCUUGCGUCCAAGUACCCUCACGUGAGGCCUUUUAUGGUAGCUUUGAAGAUGAGUGACACUGAGUUGACUGAUCUGAUUGGAGUAACGCUACCGUGGUUUGUGCCUGAAGCAAGUGGUCUGUCGCAGUUCUCUGCAGUGUGUUGGCUCUUUGGACGUUACAUGUACGAGAACCUGAACUACCCGAUAGGACUGGUGGAGACCAGUUGGGGGUCCACGCCCGUCGAAGCCUGGUCAUCUUUACGAGCGCUUCAGAAAUGUGGACUGGACCAAAAUGAAAAGUAUAGUAGUUCACGGACUGACAACUCUGUUCUGUGGAAUGCGAUGAUCCACCCACUGCUUAACAUGACAAUCAAAGGAGCCCUCUGGUACCAAGGUGAAAGAAAUUCGAAUUAUCAUCAAAACGAAUACAACUGUUCGUUCCCUGCCAUGAUUGAUGACUGGAGGAUGGCAUUUCACCUGGGCUCAGAUGGGCAGACUGCCAUGGACUUUCCCUUUGGAUUUGUACAGCUGUCCGCCAACAAAAGCGGCAUUCGUGGGAAUGACGGCUUUCCAAAUAUCCGCUGGCACCAGACGGCUGACAAAGGCUUUCUCCCAAACUCUCGUCUGCAAAGGACUUUCAUGGCUGUGGCUUUGGAUUUGCCGGAUGAAACUUCACCGUAUGGCACAAUCCACCCUCGUCAUAAGCAGGACAUAGCAUACAGACUGACACUCGGAGCACGAGCAGUGGCCUACAAUGAAAAGGAUGUGGUCUUCCUUGGACCUUUCCCAAAACAAAUACUGUCCACUCCAAUGUAUAUCAACAUUACCUACGACCAGGCAGUUGCAGUCAAGUCAUCAAAAGACAUCUUUGAGAUUUGCUGCUCACAGUCACACGGCCCAUGUGGGCCCAAGUCCCAGUGGGUUCCGGCUCCCAUCGUCCAAUGGUCUUCCACCAGUAUCCAGAUAGCAGCCAAUGUCUGCGAUGUAGCAGCGCUACGAUAUGCGUGGAAAGACCAGCCAUGUGAUUUCAAAGCUUGUCCCGUUUACGGCGCAAUAACUGCAUUACCUGCACCCCCGUUCAUUUUCGAUUGCUAUCAAGUUAAUACUUCUGGCACAGUGGUUCUUAACCUGGGUUCGAUCGAACCCUAGAGGUUCGAUGAGUCGAUCUCAGGGGUUCGGUAGAGCCUCCACUGCGGAGGUCCGAACACACCUAAUUUAUAAGUUUGUAAUAAAGCAUAUCUGAACUGGUCUCGCAAAGGCCAAAGCAGAAGUCACACUGAUUUGCAGAUAUGUCAUUUGUUGUGAGUUCAUGCAUUGUGUUGGUUUUGUUCUUUGAAUAAGGUGAUGUUUAUGCAUGGCUCAUUUUGUGCACCAGUAAUAAAAAUAGAGUUGUGGAAUUUGAAAAAAAUAAUUUGUGCACCAGUAAAAAACAUCUGUCUUCAAUUUGAAAAAAAUAAUUUUAUUUUUCACUAAAGAGGUGUUCGGUGAAUGUGCGUAUGAAACUAGUGGGGUUCAGUACCUCCAACAAGGUUAAGAACCACUGCUCUGGCAUCACAACAGAUAACAAGCAAUCUUUUUGGAAAUAUGUUUUAUAAGUCUCUAUAAAUUAGCUGCUGUGGUGUACGGUGUACUAUGCAUAAAAUUCUGAUUACGUUUUUGAAAACACUGUCAAUGAUAUCCAUGACCCUAAGACUGGAUAAGGUCCAUGUUUUUAUUUAAACAAACACUUUCCCAUACAAGUCACUGUCAUUUACACAAGCUACUUGAGCUACUGGUUUCUAUUCACAAAAAUAAACGAUCAAUGUUU